UUGGGGGGCACUGCGGGCGCAGGGUGUGGGUUGCCUUCAUUCCUUCCCGGAGGAGCCGGGGCUUGCAGCCCGGCGGGGUGGGUUGCGGCAGCAGAGAGGAGGCCUACGUGUUUUCAUGGGAGGUGGGGUUGCGACGCAGAGUUUACCAUAUUUCUCCAGGGUUGCUCUGGCUCAGAAGUAGGCAAGGUUGUGCGUAAGGUCGGGUGGGGUGGGGUCAGCUGUUUCGACUAAUGCAGCUAUUUGAUAAGAGCAACGUUUGCAGGAGGUUUGCUGUCUUUAUGGGGGCGGAGGAUUAGGGGCGCGGGAGUGGCCGCGGGAGGGUUACCGUAUUUGCAUAGACUCCAGAGGAAAGAGCCGCUGCAGGAGACCGGAGGAGCAGGGGCACAGCCUGGUCUGUGAAUGUGACAUGGGAUGGAGGAACUUGGGGAAGAGACAGAGGCCAUGUCUUUGGACCUCUCUGCAUGUGGGCAGGGUUUUGGUCAGGGUUUUAGCUGGGUAGAGGAGGGAGGCUGCCCAUUGACAGGGCCAGGUGCGAUUGGCCAAGGGGACAGUGCAACUGUCUGGGGAAAGAUUUGUGGGACCUAUUGCAAAAGUGGUACUUUCCCACUUUUCCAAGGUGUCAGUUCCACCUUGGCCUAAGGGUAAGGGAGGACAGAGGAGGUGUCUUUGAGAUCCCACUCUGCAGGUAGGUUGACUGAGUCUGAAGUGUGGGCAAGGCCUUAGGGGAGGUUGUGGGAAGAAUAAGCAAGCUUCCCUGAUGGGGGAAAAGGGGAAGUGAAUGGAUGGCGCAGGCCUCAGUGCCCUGCAGGAGCGGUAGCCCACGUUUUUUGGGAGAUAUGGAGGUAGUGGUGGCGUUAGUGCUCCUUCUUAGAGGAGAAGUGGCCCUUUGGGACAGAUGGCUCUUGGAUGGCCAGGUGGUGGUCUCUGUGUGUAUGUUUGAGGGUAUUUAGUUGUUGAGAAGCUAUUGAAAAGAGCUUUCAACAGAGAAUCAGGAGACUUGGGGCCUAGUUUGGUCUCACCUUGCUGUGUGACCUUGGGCAGGUAUGUUGGCCUUCCUGAGCCUUAGUUUCCCCAUCUAUAAAGUGGGGCUCAGUAACCCUUACUGGCCCCUUUCUUGGGGCUGUUGUGAGGACAGUGGGAAAUAAUUUAAGAGGAACACAGUGUCCAGCAUGAAGGGAGCCAGAUCUGGGGAUGUUUGCUGAGGACUGUGUUGCUCAGCCUUGAGCCAGACUUUUCUGUGGAGACAACUAAGAGGAAUCAAGUGGGGGCCUGCUUGUGGGAGCUCACACCCUGAUUUAGUGACUUGCAAAUCUUUGAAACCGCAUGCUGCAUGCCUCAUUUUGCUAAACAAAGAGCUGCUGCCUUUAAUGUUUAGCUGGGGUCACUUUUAAGUUUACAGUGUUUUGUUUUUGUUUCUUGUUUUAAGCUUUGCAAAAAUCUUGACCGCUGGUGAUCCCAACCCUCUCUCCAGGUUUGGGGUGCCCCUCCCUACCUAUCCCCUUACCCACCUCCUUGAGAAUCUGUUUGGAGAGAUAAGACAUAUCCAGGGACUGCUAAUUACAGCUGGAAUUGCCCAUGACCGAGCUGGCGUCCUCCGGGGCCGGGUCCCCUGUGGGGGAUGGGGAGGAAGGUUUAGGGGACGAAAGAGGCCUUGUCAUCCAUCACCCUGCGGAGGAGCAGCCCCACCAGUGCCCACUGUGUGGCCAGACCUUCUCCCAGCAGCCCAGCCUGGUGCGGCACCAGAAGGCGCACUCUGGGGCAGGCCGCACGGCUGCCUUCGUGUGCCCUGAGUGUGGCAAGGCCUUCAGCGUCAAGCACAACCUCGAGAUGCAGAGUGGGAAGGACCUUAUGACUCAGAAGGUGCCAGGCAUAUCUAGGCACAAAGACCCAGAAGGUCUCACAGGGGCCUGGCUGGCACCACACCCUGGCAUGAAGACACAUCCCUAAGCAGACCUGCCUUAGGAAGUACCCUGCAGUGACCUGUGGAGGUGACAGGAUGAAGCCUGGAAUUGGAGGCAGAUUUCAAGCCUGAUGGAUGAACUUGUCAGCCUGGUGGGAGUCAUAGCCUGGGGAGACCUUAUUCUGGCUGCCUGGCCAUGGGUCUCAGCUAUCUUUGGUGGCAGGGAUGAUGCCGGUAUAGAGAGCUAGCUUCUCUGCUCCCACCUACCCAUCACUUAGCUAAAGUUCAGGGACUGGAACUAAGGUAACACAGCAAGUCAGUGGCAGUCCUGGCUCUAAAGGCAAAACUUUGUCCCAGAUGUAAAUGAUACCUACAGUCUUGGUUUUCCUUUCUGAGCAGUGGUUCUUAAUACUUUGGUUCAUGAAGUCCUUUGGAAAUCUGAUGUUUAUGGACCUGCCCUCCAGGAAAACAGAUACACUCAUGUAGUCUCACAAAUCCCAAGAAAUUUCAGGAACGCUUGGACUCCCCUGGAUGAAACCUGUCCUCUGACUCCAGGCUCAGAACCUCAGCCCUGGGGGCUUCCCCUGCCGGUGUUUCCUUCCCUGCCACUCACAGAGCCCUAAGUUGUGGCCGCUGUACAAGUCAUGUCCCUCUUCUCCUGCCUGGCCUCCUUCUCUUGUCCAGGAGCAACGAAUUCUGAGGAGGGAGCCAUUUUAGUCAGUCCCUUCUCUCAGACCUAAGAAAUGACACUUCGGGGUCUGGACCCUAAUUUACCUUCCCCAGAGGCUGGUGAAGGUUCCUGUGCUGGUUCACUCUUCUGGUUUUGUGUUUCUUCUUCUUAACUGGCUCCUGGUUUUCACAGAGGAGUCCUUCACUCCAGUCUGGGUUCUGAUUUGUCUGUGAGGUCCCAAGGGGAGUGGGGCUGCCAUGUGUGCUGGUGGGGGUGAGAGUGCUGUUCGAGUUUACCCCAGAGAGAAGGAACCCUGCUUCCUCAACCAAGCCCAGACAGCAGCACCUCCUGUCCCAGCAGGUGUUCAGCCCAGCUAGCUAUCAUGUGGGAGCACUGGGGGGAAGAGGAUAAGAGCCUUGCUCUACAUGCCACGGCUCUGAGCAGGGGAUUGGCCCAGUUCAGGAGCUUUCUGUGUGCUCCCUGCAUUUAGUGGAGUGAAUGGAGUGGGCCAGGGCCAGGCUGGCAGUAGGGCGGGGGCUCCUCCCAACUUUGCACCUGAGCAUUCAGCCUGGAGCCCACAGAUGCUCAACUGCUGCCCUAGCGUGAAUGACCCAUGAGAAGAGGUGAGACCAGCAGGGGCUAGGAUGGGUUUUGGUUAGGACAUCAAUGCCUGCCUGCCCUGGGGUGUUGCUUAUCCUGUCUUUAGUGCAGUUUGGCCCAUCAGUUCUUACUGACCACUGACCCUAUGCCACACCCUGGGGGCCAGAGCAGAAUGAUCUGGGGAUAUUAGAGGAAGAGAAGGCACUCUGCACCCUAGGAGCUUCUGCUCUGGGAAACCUUGGCCAACCUAGAGGAAACCUCAGCAACACACCUCUCCUCUGCUAACUGUCCAGCCUACAUCAUCCCUGCCUGUGAUUGUGCUGUGCUCUUUCCUACCUCUGUUCCUGCCCCUGUAUUGCUCCGAAAUGUCCCCUUUUCUCUCCACCAUGCUUAGCCCUCCUUCCUUCUCCAAAUGGUGUUAACAUACCAUCUUUCCCUCCCCCUCGAGUAUGUGUUAUAUUAUCUUAUGCUCCAGUUUCCUCUGUGUGUGUGUGUGCCUGCCUGUCUGUCUGGAUUCCCAACUAGACUGUGAGCUCCAUGAGGGCAAGGAACUAUCAUUUCUUGAACCCCAACAGGGUCUAGCACAGGGCUGGGUUCAUAAUUCUCAGGAAACACUUGUCGACUGACUAAUGGAUCAAGUGCUGGAGGUUGUGGGGUGGCCGGUCCUGGGAGGCGUGCAGGGAGAGGAGAUGUGAGGUAACUAGUGGGUACAUUUAACAGGGCUGUGGCUGGCUCCCCUGGUCAAUACUGGGUGUCAGAGGCCUCAGGUCUUUCCCUACUUGGGGCAGUGGGAGCUGGAUGGACCCCCUCACAUGGCCGUGAGCAUGCACAUAAGUGGUUGCCCAGGCUGGGUAUUUCUGUAGGUCACUGACACCUGCCAGAGGUGACUGACUGGGAUAAAUGUUCUC